AUAGGUCGGUGGCAGCGAUCGUGCAGUGCUGACCUUGCGCUUCGUGUGUUACGUCAGUAUGGAAGCUUCGCGGAGCGCCCUGCACCCUUGACUGGGUUUAUGGGGAUGGUUUUAGAAAGCACUACCACAGUUACAUUGCACAAGACGUACUUAUUGAAUAGCACCACCGGUAUUCCAUACAAUUGAGCUCAUUUAGGGCCCACCCCUUAGCCUGCAACCUGAGCUAAAGUAACUUGCGUGUUUGCGCGUAGCAGGCACACUCCCGAGCACUGUCGCCGCAAUCAAUCGAGUGCUAGUCCUGAGCACGCUCCGUGGUCGUCGCAUCGUCCGUCACCAUGGCUGCUCUUCCAAUCACCUCCGUCGUCGCUCGAAGCAACUUUCGCAGGCCAGCGCCAGUCACGGCGGCCAUUACGCUGCUCCUCGCGCUAGCGGCGUGCAGUGCGCCCGUCUCCGCGUCGUUCUGCUCCGACUAUCUUCAGGCCUUCAAGUGCCCCUCGCUGCCGUCUGUCGACACCAUCGAUCUCGCCGCCUACACGGGCCGGUGGUACGAGAUCGGGUCGACGGCGGGGUUCCGCUUCACGUUCGAGCUGGGGCUCGUUUGCACGACGGCCAACUACACGGCCAAGGGAGUCGUCAGCGGCCGCACCAAAGUCAAGGUUGUCAACCGCGGUAGGCGCGCCGUCGCCCUCCCGCGUCGCUCGCAGAUCUUCACCACCUCUUUAAACGCCAACCGCAUCGCAUCCAAUCUCAGGAUCGUCUGCGGGGUCGCCGCCACUGCCGCCACUGCGAGCGCGCAAGCCCAGUCCCUCCUCUCCGCGAAUACUGCCGCGAACAGCAGCGCUGAAGCGCUCGCUGCGGCCAGUAAGCUCGCCGCGUUUGUGACGUCGGUGUCGUCUGACGCGGAAAUGAUCGACAACGCGCUGAGGGAUUUUCAGACAGCGGCCGACAAGAUGAACAAGCGGGGGCAGCCGAAAGACUUCAACGCUGCCAAGGGCAAGAUGCUCAAAUCCAUCUCCAACAUCCAGGGCGCCGCGGGGCGCAUCAUCCAGGCGGCGUUCACUGGGAGGACCGCGGCGCAGGGGCUCAGUGGGGCGCUGAAAGCCAUUAGCGGGGAAAAUGCCAAGACUGCUGCGAACGGGCUACAAUCGCUGGUGGGCAACACGAGGAUCGUGUUUGCCGCCACCAGCAUUGUGCGCCUCGCCACUGUGAUGGUGGCUCCCACUUCCGCCAUGGUGCCCUCCUUCCUCAAAAGUCUCUCUCAAGGCUUCGCACGCGGCAAGGCCUUUCAGAGCAAGAAGAAUGCGGGCCGGUUGUCUGUAAGCUUCUUUGGCCCAGUCCCCACAAGGCCUAACUACUCGGUGUUUGACCUGCAAGGAGACGCCUCCAGUGGAUAUUCCCUCGCAACAGUGGCUGACUGCAGUGGAGGCGAGACCACUAUCUGGCUUCUAUCGCGAACGCCCUCCAUUGCGCAGUCUGAGAUAGAUGCUGCGUUGGGGCGUCUCACCGACGCUGGAAUGAGGUUAACAGGAGCUAACCCAUUCUUACUCACUGACCAGACCACAAGUUUUUGCACCAAUUAUUGGAGCACGUUGAGAUAAUAUUGUUAUUCCACUGUUGCUAACUUUAGACCGAACCAUAAUAUACCCGAUUGUAGCUGUUUUAUCAUGCCACAUUCCGCGACGCAGAAUGACCCACGUCAGCUCUCCAGAAACCCGUGUUUGCGGUUGAAGACUGGCUGCACGCGCACCCCUUCCACGAGUACAGUCAUGUACAGCGGAUAUGCCAUUAAGUCCUU